CCGGCGCCGGGCCCUCCCUCUGCCCCCCCUUUCUCCUCCCUCCUUCCUUCCCUCCCUUCCUCCCUCUCUCCCUCCCUCCCAGCUCCUGCACCAGGAAACGGCCCGGAUCCCGGCAGCGGCCUGACCCAGCUCCACGCUGGCCGGGAGGAUGAAAGGCCCCAGCUGGGGGCUCCUUGCCACCAGUGCUGUGUCUUAAGAGCUGCCAUCCCGGCUGGCUGCCCGGAUGGCGACCCCAGCCUCGGCCCCAGACACACGGGCUCUGGUGGCAGACUUUGUAGGUUAUAAGCUGAGGCAGAAGGGUUAUGUCUGUGGAGCUGGCCCUGGGGAGGGCCCAGCAGCUGACCCGCUGCACCAAGCCAUGCGGGCAGCUGGAGAUGAGUUCGAGACCCGCUUCCGGCGCACCUUCUCUGAUCUGGCGGCUCAGCUGCAUGUGACCCCAGGCUCAGCACAGCAACGCUUCACCCAGGUCUCCGAUGAACUUUUCCAAGGGGGCCCCAACUGGGGCCGCCUUGUAGCCUUCUUUGUCUUUGGGGCUGCACUGUGUGCUGAGAGUGUCAACAAGGAGAUGGAACCACUGGUGGGACAAGUGCAGGAGUGGAUGGUGGCCUACCUGGAGACGCGGCUGGCUGACUGGAUCCACAGCAGUGGGGGCUGGGCGGAGUUCACAGCUCUAUACGGGGACGGGGCCCUGGAGGAGGCGCGGCGUCUGCGGGAGGGGAACUGGGCAUCAGUGAGGACAGUGCUGACGGGGGCCGUGGCACUGGGGGCCCUGGUAACUGUAGGGGCCUUUUUUGCUAGCAAGUGAAAGUCCAGGGCCAGGUGGGGCUAGGUGUGGCUGGGGGCCAGGAGAGCAGGAACAGAACAGAGAAAUGCCCUUGGAAGAAAUGGAGUUGGUGGAUGGGUGGGCAUGGAACAGGAUGGGCAGGGGAAGGGUAGUGUGUGAGGCAGCUGAGUAGGCCAGGUAGGCGAUUGGAAGAGUGAGCAGGACACAUAGGUGAGGGAAAUGUUUUGGCAAGUUUAGGGACGCAGGAGAUGGAGUCGAGCCAGGGCUGGGGGAUGUGGGAGGGAUCACACCUAUAGGUGUGGGCACAUGAAAUGACCUGGAACUUGGUUCGCAGCCCUGAGGAAGGUGGACUUGCAUAAGCAGUUGUAUUCCAUUAGAUGAGUGGGAUUUGGGGAACGCAGAAGGCACAUCCUUUUGGAAUGGAAGCUUGGGGGUUCUCAGGUGAUAGGGAGAGGUGGCUGUAACAGUGGGCUGCUUGGACACACGUGUGCAUGUGCACGCAUGCUGGUGUGCAUGCUGGGCUGCCUGGCAAAUCUGGUGGUGGUGGGAUUCCUCAAGGAGAAAACAUUCCCUCUUGCAAUGGCAAGAACUAGGGGCAGUUCUCUGUCCCUCCUCCCAACCCCUCCUUUCCCCUGCCCUUGUCCUGAUGCCUCAAGGCUUAGAGAGAAACAUUGUAUCCAGACCGAGGGCUCUGCUGCUUCUCUCCAGAAAGUAAUUGGCAAGGCUUUGAAGAGAAGAGCAGUUCUGCAGCUGGCCUUGUUCCUUCUUCAUCCCCCUUCCUUGUGCAUCAUGCACUUGCUGCUGCCUCCCGGGCUCUGAUAGAAGGGCAGGGCUGUUGAGCCUGGAUGGGUGGAGGCUUAGGUAGCUGGACCUGCCUGCCACCCUCCUCUCCCACUCAGGCACAAUGGUGCCUAAAGUGUUUCCAAUCUCUGGGACCUCUGUACCCAAACUGAAACUCUAAAUUGGGGCCCUAACUAAUUUUCCUUUCGAGGUUGUGGACAUAAGUGCUGAUCUUGAGUACAGUCUGGGUCCCACACUGUGUCUCAGUGAGACUGUUGAUGCCUUGAGAGGACCAUUUCAGCCCUGAAUCCCAUGGGUGUGAGGGUGAUGGGCACUCCAGGACUGGCCUAUGCUGUGUUGUGGGCUUUGGUUCGGCUUUAUCAGGGGCCAGGCAUAUGGGUUCUAGAGUACCUACCAUGACCUAGAAGCAUUUAUGAUUUGAAGCCACACUGUUUGCAUGGGUGUUACUUGUCUGUACCUCAGAGUCUGAGGAUGUUAACUUUGGAACUCGCAGUCCUCUAGAACAGCUUCAGAUUAUGGCUUUUUCUUUUGAGGAAGAAAUUAUUCUCUCCAGUUGCAUGCCCUGAGCCAGACCUCACUGCUGCACUUUCCAAGGUGCUAAGAUUGCUGCUCUCCAAUGCUAACUUUCUGACACAGUGCUCUAGAACCCUGCCUGUGGUCCUGAGCACUGAUCAGCUUAGCUAGACCAUGGUUGACUCUUCUUGGAGAUUUUCACUUGGUCCUAGAAUGUGGCAACGUAGUUGUGCUCGCUAGAAUGUGGGACCAAAUUGGCCUCAGGUGUUUAGUCCAGACUUCUGCUUUUGAGAGAGGGCUGCACUUUUUAAUGGUAUUUCUAGGGGAGGUGGUAGGCUGCAUGUGCCACUUGGUCUUGUGAGUAUGCUGACACCAGAAACUCAGAGCCAGCUUGUGGCAAGCAGUUGGGGUGGGGGGUCUCUGACUUGCUCAGGACAAACUAGGCCAGUGGUUUUCAAACUGCUUGGCAGAGCCCUGAAGUUUCCUAGGGGUUGCCUCAGGAGUCCUUGGGGAGAUGAAGGGGGUGGGGAGUUGAGCAGGCUGGGCAAUUUGCCCUCAAACUGAACAGCUCCCCUUGUAGCUGUCUUACAUAUCGGGGUUCAGGGUAAGAUUUUAUUUGCAUUAGGGGUUUGCUGCUGAAAAAAUGUUGGAAAACCACUGACUAGACCAUCGGCUCCAAAUUGGAACCUGUGCUUCCUUCCCCAGGUUUGGAGCACACUCUUCACCCUACCCUCUACCACAGGACGCAUAUCCCUGUUAGCAUUCCCCGGGACCUUUAGCCAAGAGGGGCUGCAGGGACCAUGGCCAGGUUACCGAAAUGCCCUGCUCUGAAGUCUCGACACCUGGGUGGAAAGAGAGGCUGUUUUCUGAAAGGGUAAAGGGCUUGGUCUGGAUUCCCAAAAACAGAGCUUAGAUGGGACCACAGUGGGCAAUUUUGACCUGUCCUGCCCUUCUUAGCUUGAAGGGAAACCCCAGAGACUCUUCUGUCAGGGAAAACUAGGGACUCUCUUCUAGAGCCAUAUAGUUCCUUGGGAUUAGCUCUUGGCCAAGAAGGCUGAGUAUGGCUCCCAAUUUUUAAAUCCAUUUCGUUUUUUAAAAAACAAGGGAAAUAAAUGUAAUUGCCAUUUUUCAAAGAUUAAGUAGGAGGAGAGGGGUUUCUUGCUCUCCAGAGCCCAAAGGGACAAAUAGAGACUUUGCUUAGGCCAAGGAAGGAGCGGAAGUAGGGCAACUCGGUCCUGCGAUUAUUAAUCCCACUCCCCACUUAUUCUAGGGCACACAUACACUAUUUUACUUUUUUAAAAUCAUAAAACGGCAGAACAGAUUUGGUUAGUUUAGAAGAAAAGAAAGCUCUAUAAAUAUAAAUCUAUAUUCCUGUAUUUUUAUUUAAUAAUUUAUAAAUACCAAGUUCAUUUGACUUUUAUUUUUGUGUAAUAUGUAAUGGUCGUAUUAAAAAAAUAAAUAAAGCCCAGAAGUUUAAUGAGAAGGA